AUGUCGGGAAACGUUGAGCAUAGAAAUAACAAGAUAGCAAACUUUAAAGAAGCUUUCCCUAUCGUUCAUCCUAAAACUGAGAUUCGCAAAGAUGGUGGCUGGAGUUGGAUCGUCUGUAUAUCUGCGGCUCUUGUACAAUUUGUGGUGCUGGGAAUCCACAACAGCUUUGGCAUUCUGUACAUCGUAUUCUUGAAGGAGUAUGGCUGGAGUAAGGCACUCACAGGUACGGAAAUUUCCUUUCGUUCAUAUAACAUCGUUUCUAUUUGGCUCGUUCUUGUGCAAAUCUGCGAUUUAUCACGUAAAUUACGUUUAUUAUAAAGCCUGUCUCGAUUACAUUUAAAGGUGUCGUCUAAAUAAAAUACAACCAUGUUUGUUAUGACACAAAAAAGCGUAACAAGCUAAUAUGUUGAUGUAUUUUCACAUGCGUUUGGUAUUUUCCGCUCUCCUUGCGGAAAUAAUUGUCAACACUGUAACGAAGUCAUGAGAGGCUAACAACUGUCUGUAAGUGUGUUUAUUCAUAAUACUACAUCGCCGGAACUUGUUUAAGAUUAAAUCGCGCUGAGAUCACUUGAACUGGCAAUCGCAUGUCGAGGGAAUCAUAUCACGAGAUUAGCGCUCACUCACGCUCGAAACGUCAGCUUUUUAACUCUUUACGAUGGCCAAUUUACGUUAUCAAUUCAGUUUAUAAUGCUAAAUUAUCUUGGUACACUCUCCCACCGACGCAGCACCGUAGUUUCUUUAGAAACUUACCCUAUUUUUUCAUGGAUACCGUAUUUACUCGUGUAUAGGUCGACCUUUAUGACCAAAAAGUCAGCCCAAAAAAAUCACCCUCGACUUAUGCACGAGUCAUAAACAAAGACCUGACCCAAGCAAUCCAAGAAAUUAGCAUAACAAUUACCUGAAGUCCGUUUGGAAAACCGAGUUUAUAAAACUAGUUCUAAAACCAGUUCGAGUUUCGUCAAUUUUCAGCGCAUUCUUCGUCAACAAAAAAGUUUGAAAUAAGAAAUUUGAAGUGGCUGAACACAAAGUUACUGGAGCUGAUCUCUAUUGUGUCUUCGGACUGUAGGGCACACAUUUUUGCUAGUAGCUUCCCUGUUGUUUACAGUGUUGAACUUUCGUCUUUAUCGAACGAUCUCAGUAGCUUAGUGACCUGACAAUUAUUGUUGUCUCGCGCGGUCUUGUUUGAUACGCGCUAUCCUCUGAAGCUCUCCGGUGUCCCUUCGGUCUACUUAAUCUCCUUUCAGACUCAAAAUUAAGAUAAAGGUUAGUUAAAUGCAAGAAGAUUUGAUUUUCAAUGUGAUUUACAAAAUAUGGUACGAUACUUCUCUAGUAAAUCGAAGUGCUCGUGUAUGCUUAAAUCGUGAUGAUGUAAACCGUGCUAAUAAACUUCAAAGCACACGGUUACAUUGUGUUCUGCAGUUUUUUUAAUUCCCCGUGUUUUCAGUAAAAUCUCAGAAAUAAGAGAUUAUCUUUCUGGGAAAUUCCUAUCUGUCUGAAUUUUACUUUUUUGACCAGAAAUGAUGAAAAAAUCCGAUUUUUGACCUUGAAAACGGGGGAUGGACUUAUAUGCGAGUUCGACUUAUACACUAGUGAAAACGGUAAUUCAGUUUUAUACAGACACUAUGGGACUCUCCUGCAUUCGAAAAUAUUGUGUCUCCUCAAAUUAGCCACAGUGAAUCAAAAAUUAAAGUCCGAGUUUGACUGAUGCAGCCAGAGAAACACCUUUCUUCGCUUUCUCGACCCGCAACCCGUCAUGUACAUUUAGAUUCCCCAGAGAAGGCAGAGCCCCCAUUUUCCUAAAGCAUACAAAGCAUUAGUAGGUGCCUGUGCGAUGUUUCAUCAUGAAGGUUCCUAUGAUAUUGUUGUCCCGAAAAAAAGAGAGAUAGUUUUGGUGUUGCUUUACGAUUCGUUUUUGUAGUUUACGUCUGCUACUGUAUUAUUCGAGUUUGACCUCAUGGCACUGAUUAAAUUCUUAUCUACGACACAAAAAGAAAAGAAAAGUGGUCUUAAAAGAACAGGUGACUUGUCAGUGCUGCAGGGAUUUCGAUGAACUUGGGAAGACUGGUACUUUGCUGACUUCCGUUCAGAAUGAUGUAGACAUUAAGCUAAAACCAUAAACCAUAAAUCUGUUGACCCCCGCCGUAACAAGCUACAACAGAGAUGUUUUCAGUUCAAUUUGGUUUUCCCUGUGUAAACACGAAACUGGGGGAAAGUCUAUGUUCGAGUGGUGUGCCCGCUUAUCCUACACUGACCUAUUAUCACCGAGAAAAUGUUAACAUGGAUAUAUUUACUUUUGGAGUGUUUUGACUACCCUUUGAUAUCGACCUACAAAGUUCGAAAAUCAAUGGCGCUGUUGCCCGGCUGUGGCUCGUUUGAAAACCUUUCGUUUUCACAAAAUCGACUCAGAUUUAAAUUAGCGUAUUUGUGUAACUGAAACUGGUUUGGGCAGACAAACAAAACAUGAUACAGAAAGCAAAGGUUAAUAACUUAGGGAUUGGAGUCUGUUAGUUCUCAACUCAACUGGUCGCUUCCGUGAAACAAGCUGAAUAUUUAAAAUGUCGGACAACGGUAUCCUUACAAAUAAGAACAAAAAAACCUGAAAGAGGCUGUCCCUAUCGUUCAUCGCAACAUUGAGAUUUGCAAAGAUGGUGGGUGGGGGUAGAUCGUCUGUAUAUCUGCAAUUUUUGGUGCUGGGAAUCCACAAUAGUUUUGGCAUUCAUUACAUUGUGUUUUUGAGGGAGUAAGGCUGGAGUAAAGUACUCGCAGGUGCGAAACAUAAGAUUAUUUUCCUUUUCACUCGCACAACACAUGACAACUUUUCAAUUUCGCCGGUAACUUUACAGCUUCCCGACUGCUGGAACGCGAUCCAGCAGUGUUAAGACACAAAUAGGAUAUAAUUUGCAACAGGUAAUCGAGAAAAAAAAAGAGUAGUAUUGCGCAUGCGUCCCAUGUCUCACUCGUGCGGCCUCUCGUGCGUGGUCACGUGAAGCGUGUACCUUGCGAGGUAAAAAAGAACUCACGUGUUCUUCGAGUGCCCUGAAUGGAGGUCACCCAAAAGUAAUAUUCCUCUUAACUUAACUCAGUAAAUCACAACAAGAGAUUGUAAACAGUUCAUAAUCUCUUGAGCACAAUUACCAUCAGACUUAACUAAUUAACUAUACAAAUACAUGUAAUCUCUACAUCUUAUUUCUUUUUAUUUUUAUUCUUUAUUAGCUUUUAUCAUAUAUAGUCCUAAAUUUUUUUCAGCUGGGCAAACACUUAUGUCAUGGGCACGGGGAGACCACUUCCUGUGUAUGUGAUGUUAAAUAAAUUAUUCUAUCCUCAAUUUAUUUUCUGUAGUCUUCGGUUAACUUUGUAACUAGCUGUUUUCCAUAAGCCACGUGUCUCAAGAUCUAGAUGUACAGUUAAUUCCCUCUAAAUCUUACUGUCUUUUCUUUUUUUCCGCAGGUUACAUAGGUUCAAUGGGACUGGGUAUGAACUUCUUCUUUGGGCCAUUAACCAGCACACUUUGUGAUCGAUUUGGUUGUAAAAUCGUGGCCAUUGCUGGCGGAAUCGUUUCAGUUAUUGCUAUGGUUGCGACGUCAUUUGUCAGUAGCCCCGUUCCCAUUUAUAUCACCUACAGUGUUACGUGGGGACUGGGGUCGAGCAUGAGUUACGUGCCAACAUUCCUCAUUUUAGACAGAUACUUUGAACAUCGGAAAUCCUUGGCACAUGGGAUCGUUACUGCAGGGAGCGCAAUCGGUGCUCUAGUUAUCGGCCCGACAAUCAACGUACUCGUAGAAAGUGUUGGGUGGCGACAUACUAUGAGAGUCCUAGGGGCGUUCGCUUGCGUGAUGAUUGUCGCAGCCUUCUCUUACAGAGCGCCUCCUGUGAAGAGCAAGAUGUAUAAAGGCGAGAAAAAAGUCAUUGAUUUAGCUGUGUGGAAAAACAAGGGUUUUGUUGUAUGGGCACUGGCACUUGGUAUAUUCAACUUAGGAUACUUUAUACCUUUCGUAUAUUUGGUGAGUUGACUAUUCUCUCUCCUUGUCUCGUUUUUUUUUCUUUGCUUGAACGUUUAAAAAUUUAGCAGGGGUGGGGUGGGGGAGGGGGUUGUGAGGCAGUUAAAAGCUGACCUCCUUUGCUCAAAAUGCGCAAGUUGAGCCCAAUACCUGGGAAAAUACGGCAAUUACUGAACCAGGAACGUUUGGUUUUCAUUUGAUGGCAUUACGUUGGUCCUCACGCAGAGCUGUUAGAGAGCUGCUACUUUUCGGUCACAAUGCGCUUUAAAGAAGAUAUAAGUGUUAUUGGGUGGGUAGAUGUGCGAGUGGAAGCCUCGCUAACAGGCUUAAAUAAAUCUUAAUUGAGCGAGAGGUUGUGAACAUUUUAUUGGGGAUAACGUGUUGUCACGGGAAACGGCAAAGGCGCAGCUCAAGGGUUUUAUACGAGACGUUUGCUCUACUGUUUCAUUACCCGUCUCUUUUGCCCUAAAAUGUUUUUUUAAAAUCAUUUAAAAUAGCAAAUUGCAGCAAAGAAAACCUCACUGAAAUGUUUAAUAUUAUUUUUUCUCGACUCACAGCCUACACACGCGACUUAUCAUGAGAUACCACAAUCAAAGGCUUCCUUCCUCAUUGGUUUCCUUUCGGUUGGCUCGUUGGCUGGUCGGCUUCUCUUCGGCCAUGUCUCGGAUUACCGAUGUGUCAAUCGAAUGAACCUAUACCAAUCUGCAUUUCUGAUAAUGGCUGUCACGACAACGCUGUGUCCAUUGGCCACAAAUUAUGGCAGACUUGUCCUUUUUACAAUUUUAUUUGGGAUUUUUGACGGGGUGGUUGUGACUUUGACUCCGGUUAUCACGGGAGAUAUCGUCGGUAGCAACAAGCUAUCGUCAGCUCUCGGUUUUCUUUAUUUGGUUUUCUCGAUACCUCUAAUGACAGGCUCACUUAUAGCAGGUACGUUUCUCCUAUAAAACGUUUACAUGUCUUGGUUCGAUGCACAGGGCACCCAGUGUGCAAAUUUCAUUCUGUUAAUUUGUGGGCUUUUAAUUUUCAACAAUAAGGACAGUUUGAAAGUGAUGCCAUCACACCAAAACCUCAGUCCAUUCUUCGAAGAAAAGGUUAAAGCUUCACUAGACAUUUCAAUUGAUGACCUACAUGAAUAGGAUUAGAAUUCCAACCGUCGAUAAAUGCUCUGUCCUUGGACGCGCCUAGAAUCGUAAAACGUUUGCCCAUGGAAGGCUUAGUGUGGAUUGUAAAAUGGCUUGUUACCCCUUUAUGUGAGAAAAAUUUUCAUAAAUAAAAUUUUCAGGUAAAAAUAGUUUGCUUUUUGAUUAAACAAAAAGUAAUGACAGUCGUCAGCGAUACUUGUCAAAGGCCUGGCUGGAGUAAUUCCGUGAUAAAUAAUUUACGCUACUUUUAGCUUUUAUUUUAAACUCUUUCAUGUCUUUCAUGGAAAAUCUUGCAAGUUUAUGUUUUUGAUUUAUUUUUAUUUUUCUAGGCUUUCUUAGUGAGAUCACAAGUACAUACAACGAAGCCUUUUUCUUCUCGGGCGGCAUGAUAGCUGUGUGCGCAUGCAUCCUGUCACUAGUCCCAGUUUUAACUCCGAUGAGACAACAUGGAGUUACGGAGAUUAAAAUAAGGUCAAACAGCUUCCGGGAGAAGAAGGAAAUACCACUAUUUGUUGAAACACAUGUUUUUUUAGAAGGAGAUCCAUCUCAAAUUGCGUACUACUCGCAGUUUUUAGAGAGAGAGACAGAUGUCUGAAAAAUUAGUCAAAGACAGCGUUAAGAUUAAGAUGUGUUCGUUUUGUCAUGAAGAUGUUUGCUUUUUUCGCGAUGUUCAAAGUGUUGACAAAAUAUAGUCCACGAGGAUUCUCGCCUAUUUACAUGUAUGUUUACCUAUACUCAAGUUGUAAAUUUUCAAAAUUUUUUCACGACAAUGUUUUCUUCAAAAACAGACAAUGAUUGAACGGAAAGUAUUAUUCACUCUCAUCGACGAUUAAUUCAUGUACGAAGAUUACCUCUGUUCAUUUUUUAAGUAAACGGCGAGG